GCAGAAUAAGUGGGCGCUAAGUAGUGGCAAGAGGGAACUGCAGGCACCCAGCACCAAUUCCUCUGGACUCACUGGUGAGGAGACAGUUCUUAACUCGACUCUUGUUCCGCUCCAGGACAAGGAGAGCACAUCUAAAUCCCCACAAGCCAGCACUCCCAGCAUAGCCCAUAUUGGAUUCAAACACUACCGCCCUAUGAUGAACCCCAGCUCUCCUAGCUCUCCAUGCCGCUUAGGGACGUGCAUACUGCAGAAAUUGGCCCAACGGAUCUACCAGUUGACAGACAAAAGUAAAGACGCUGUGGCCCCCCAAAGCAAGAUCAGCCCACAAGGCUAUGGCCGCCGGCGCCGGCGUUCCUUGCCAGAGGUCCUCCAGUCCCAGACUGUGGUGUCCUCCCAAGAGCAGACACAGGCAACAGCAGCCUCUGGGGACGGGUGGCAGCAAUGA